UUAAGAUGUGAAAACCUUUGUUGCAAUACAUAGAUACGGUAGUUGAGUGGAAGGCACAGGUGAAGAGGAACCAGAAUAUGAGAAGUAGAUAGAGGUGUGGAUCAGUGGAUGCAGAAUCCAAAUCAAAGGGUCGCUUAAGCAAGGGAUACCAGAAAAGCCAGCAUGCAAAGGGAAUUAGAUCAAGGAAGGAGGAGGAAGGAGGAGAACAAAUAUUUGAAUAUUGAUUGUGGGGGCAAACGGAGACCGGUUCCACAAAAAUUUAAAAUCAAUGGGGGCCACUGCCCCCACUCGUCCCUACGUAUAUGUAGCUAGGAGGGAGAGAAGGAGGAAAUUGAGAGAGCUUGAGUAGUUAAGAAGAUGAAAUUCGCUGAUAGAUAUCAGCAAUUUAUGAAAGAGCAAAAAGAAGAAGUACCAGUCAUCCGACUAAGCAAUCUCAAGGCUGUUUUGAAGAACUGUGAGAUCAAGGACAUGCACCCCAAAGAUAGAAAUACUGAAGAAGACUGUGAUUGUCCAGUAUGUGACAGGACAUUUUUCCCUUCCAUUCUCAAGGACAUGUCUGUGGUAGUGAACUUCUUUAACAAGCGUGCACAGGAGUUACUAUACUCCCAUUUGGCUUCUGGCUUUAAGAAGUACAUUUUACGUCUUAAAAGGAAGUUAAAGUUGAAAGCAAGCCAUGAAAAUAUGAUAAAAGAAGCGCAAGACCUUGUAGGCUACGCUACAAUUACUGCUUUUGCUAUACAGAAGAUCCUAAAGAAAUAUGAUAAGGUUCACUGCUCGAAGAAGGGACAAAGGUUUAAAUAUCAAGCUCAAACUAUGAAACUUGAGCUCCUAAAAUCCCCAUGGCUUUUGGAACUAAUGGCAUUCCACAUUAACGUGAGUAAAAACAGAGAUGAACGCAAGGCGAUUUGGUUUGUUGACUUCUCGCUUCACAAAGAUGAUGAGCACAGACCACUGUUUUUGGUUAACCUUCCCCACUCAAUAGAGCUGAAUCUUGAUCUAACAUGCCCAAUUUGCUUGGACACAGUCUUUGAUCCAGUUUUCCUCACCUGCAGCCAUAUACUCUGCCAUAUGUGUGCUUGUUCGGUUGCAUCAGUCACCAUUGUUGAGGGACUACGGGCUGCAACUUCUGCAAAGAAAUGCCCAAUUUGCCGAAAGGGUGGGGUAUUUGGAGGCGCAGUGCAGUUGGCUGAGCUAAGCAUGCUACUGAGCCGAAGUAUGCCAAAGUAUUGGAAAGGACGCCUUCAGAGGGAACGGCAAGAGCGAAUCAAACAAGCAAAGGAGUUCUGGGAGUCUGAGUGUCGUUCAUUUCUGGAAUAAGAAUGAAAGUCACUCCUAGCAAUUUGCUCAUUUGCUGUAUAAAUAUUCGUAGCUUUCUGUUGGAGUGAGUGACCAUUUCUUAUUAGGAAUGUAAUUAGUCUAAAUAUAUUAUCACUUAUUGUAUUUAGUACUUACCCAAUAUAUACUUAUAACCUUGGUGUAUAUAGAGAACCUCCUAGUGAGAUAAAUAAAAUAUCACGUAUUCACUCAA